AUGGUUUUCCAUGAUUCUCUAAUUGAAAAAUCAAUGGACAAUAUUAUUCCUGACAUUGGAAGUGAUAAUAAUAUUAAUAAUAAUAAUAAUAAUAAUAGUAAUAAUAAUAAUAAUAAUAAUAAUAAUAAUAAUAAUAAUAAUAACAAUAAUAAUAAUAAUAUUGAUAAUAAUAAUAGUAAUGAUAAUAAUGAAAAUUUAAUGGAAAUAGACAAUAAUAGUAAUAAUUCAGAAAUUAAUACCUGUUCAAAAGAAAUAAAGGAUGAUAAAAAUAAUAGUAAUAAUAAUAAUAUUAAUGAUAAUUUAAAUAAUGAAAGUAUUAAUAAUUUAAAUAAUAAUGAAAAAAAUGGUGGUGAUAAUAAUAAUAAUAAUAAUAAUAAUAAUAAUAAUAAUAAUAAUAAUAAUAAUAAUAAUAAUAAUAAUAAUAAUAAUAAUAAUAAUAAUAAUAAUAAUAAUAAUAAUAAUACUACUACUAUUAAUAUUGACAAUAAUAAUAUUUGUAAUUUAACAAAUAUUGUAGAUAAUAAUUUAAAUAUUAAAAAAAAUAAAAAAAAGAAUAAUAAAAAUAAUAAUUUAAAUGAAAAUAAUGAAAAUGUUUUAAAUUCUAAUUUUCCAACUCCAAUUCCUCAAUCUACAACAAUUUCAAAUAAUGAAUCAAUAAUUGAACACCAGAUUUCUGAAAAUGAUAAUCUUGAAUAUCAUUACUUUAUUGGUGGAAAAAAUAUUCAAAGCUUCAAAAUUAAAGAAAUUCAGGAUGAGAUUAAAAAGAGACAUUUUGUCCCAAAAUCUCGUGUUAAAGGAAUUUUAUUAGAUCAAUUAGUUAGUAUAUUGUUACAAAAUCCUGAUGAUUCAUUUUCUUUCACAACAUCUCCAAAAAAACAAAAAGAUCCAGAAACAUCUGAGGCCCGUGUGAACUUAAACCAAUCCACUACAUGUAUUCCAAAUGACUUUUCUACUAGUGGUGAUCCUUCUGGUGUAAAUAUUUCAAACAUUUCCAACUCAUCCAAUCUAUUAAGACAUAGUUGUUCAAGUAUUCCAAAUAAUAAAUCUGGGAAAAUUAAUACAACCAAUUCAGCAUUCAUUAAUGCAACUUCUCAUUUCCCAAAAGUAAAAAAAGAAAAAAAAGAACCAGAAAAAAAAGAUAAAAAGAGAUCAUUUUCGGAUAUAAAUAAAAAUGAAAAACAAAAAAAACAACAAAAAUCAAAAUCUGAAUCACAACUUCAAAUUCAACAACUACUCCUACCUCAACUACAACCUCAACCACAACAUCAAUUACAAUCACAAUCACAAUCACAAUUACAAUCGCAAACACAAACACAAACACAAACACAAACACAAACACAAACGCAAUCACAAACUCAAUUUCAAUUCCAACCGCCAUCUUGUGUUUCUCCAACUGUUGUCCAAAAUAAUAUCCCAAUUCAUCAACAUCAACAAAACCAAUUCCAACAACCUCAACCAAUUUCAUUAAACCAAUCAAUGAAUUACAUUCCUCAUACACCAAUUAAUCAAAAUCAAUUUCACAAUUAUCAAUAUAAUAAUAAUAUUAAUAGUAAUAAUAAUAAUAAUAAUAAUAAUAAUAAUAAUAAUAAUAAUAAUAAUAAUAAUAAUAAUAAUAAUAAUAAUAAUAGUAAUAAAAAUAAUUAUAAUAAUAAUAAUAAUAAUUAUAAUAAUAAUAGUUUUAAUAAUAAUAAUAAUAGAAGCUAUUCAAGUCAAUUAAGUAGUAGUGAUGGAAUGAUCAAUUUUAAUAAUCAAGAUCAUCAACAACCCCAAUAUAUUUUAAAUCAAAAUAACCAACACUUUCAACCCCAACCCCAGCCCCAACAACAACAACAACCCCAACCCCAACCCCAACAACAACAACAACAACAACAACCCCAACCCCAACCCCAACAACAACCCCAACAACAACAACAACAACCCAAACAACAACAACCCCAACAACAACAACCCCAACAACAACAACAACAACAUCAACUACAACAUCAACUACAACAUCAACAUCAACAUCAACAUCAACAUCAACAUCAACAUCAACAUCAACAUCAACAACACCAAAACCAUAGUUUCAGAAAUACUCAAUACAACCAACAUAUUUUUCACCAGAACCAAUAUCCUCAAUUUCAAAACAUACAACUAAAAACAGAUUAUUCAGUUCAAUACCCAAAUGAUUAUUCAAAUAAUUCUCCUCAAGCUUUCUUAUCUCAAAGCCAACCAAAUAUAUAUUCAGAGAGAUCUUAUAAUCAAUACAAUGAUUCUCUUUGUGUAAAUAAUAACUUUAUCAAUAAUAGUAAUAGUAAAAAUAAUUAUAACAAUAAUAGUAAUAAUAGCAAUUGUAACAAUAAUACCAAUGUUAAUAACAACAACAACAUUAAUAAUGGUAAUAAUUUAAAUAAUAAUAAUAAUUUUAAUAACAAUCAAAAUUUAAAUAAUUAUAAUGUUAAUAAUUUAUCACAACAAUUAGUUGCAUCCCAUCACAAUACACCACAACAAUAUUUCCAUUCACCAAACCUUACCGUUUCUCCAUUAACUCAAUCGGCUAAUAGACCAAUAACUCCUACAAAUUGCUCCCAAACAUUCGAGCCUCCUCAAAAUCAAAUAAUGGCACAACAAUAUCAAACUCCACCAUUACCAAAAAAUGAUCAACAGUUAAAAAUUGAAGAACUUGAAAAUAAAAUUAAAAAAUAUCAACAACAACUUGGAUAUUAUGUUUCAACAUACAAUCAGAAUGAAUUUGGAGAACAAAUGGAUCUCACUAUAAAUUCAAAAUGUGAAAGAGAUUUAAUUGAUAAUAUUUCCAAAAAUUAUAACUUUUAUAAAACCUCUCAAAGAUUUUGUUAUAAGGUUCAAAAAGAUUUAAUCAAUUUUAUGGUUAUAAAAUUUUUUGAAAAUAAAUCAAUCAUGGAUUCUCCAGAACAACUUAAACAAUGUGCACCUUUAAUCCUAAAAGAAUAUUUAAAUGAAAUGAUGGUUAAUCCAUCUUCUUAUAAAGAAUUAUGUGAUUUAAUUUCAAAUUAUUAUAAUAAUAAUAAUAAUAAUAAUAAUAAUAAUAAUAAUAAUAAUAAUAAUAGUAAUAAUAAUAAUAAUAAUAAUAAUAAUAAUAAUAAUAAUAAUAAUAAUAAUAUAUUUAACAAUGUUAGUAUUAAUGCAAAAAAAGAUUAUGAAAAUGAUAUCCAAAACAAUAACAGUGAAGUUAAUUUCAAUAAUUUUGAUUUUGAUAGUGAAAAAAGCCUUACCAGUUUAUUAAUCAGUGAUUAUAAUGAUGAAACAAAUAGUUCAACAAUUCAAGAUUCAAAUAUAAUUGAAGAAAAGAAAAUUAAUGAAAACUCUGAAAACACAACCUAUAAUUUUAUAAAUAAUGCCAGCCAAUUAGUUGAAAAUUGUAAUUCAGUAAUUAUGGUAUGUGAAGAUGAUAAUGAUAUUCAAAAUAGAGUUGUUGAUUAUUUUUGUGAUCAAUCAUUAUUAUUAAAAAGGAAUAAAUAUUCUGAAAUUAAUUAA